GCUACGCACGCCAGCGUUGUUGUUGUUGUUAGUUGUGUUUUGCUUGCUUCGAUCCUGCGUGUGCGUGUACAUAGUUGAAGAACUGUGACUAAUCGUGACUGUAAUGAGUGACAAUAGUCAAGCACCAAAAUUUGCGAGCGUCUCCAAGAAGCCGCGAGUGCAGUGGCAAGAAAAGGAUACGUGGGUUCUUAUAAAGUCACGCGAAGACAAUUUAGAUGCCCUGCGUAGACAGAAACAGAACGGUGAAGUCUACGCCCGUAUCGCCGAGGCACUGAGGAAUUGCGGGGUUCGCUGAGAGAAACACUAAAGCGAGGUUGUCGAGCAUUGUCGUCGUGUGUCAGUGACGCGAACUCCUUUCACUAAGGGGUCCUUCAAAGCUGUAAAGGGCCCCUACUUCAAAGGAAGUUCUAUCCUGCCCGUGUUUCAGGGGUGCAAGAGACGGGCAAGUUUCGUCUCAUUUCGAAUACUCAGACAACGAAAGGGACAAUUUGAAGGCGUUAAGGUGCAAGAAGAAUCGUGUCGUGAAGAAUGCUUCCCGAAUUGUAAGGAGAAGAGCAUGCAUACCACAGAAUCUUUCGUACUUAUGCCGAAAGAGUCCUGCAUUGUGGAUAAAAGUGUGUGAUGCUCACAUUGACAUAUACACUGUUGCAGCUGCAUCUUGUGUUGCACAAGAGUCUCAGUGCUUAGGACUCUGCGCACGGCUCUCACGGUACCACUUCGUCGUAACGUAGCGUCGGACGGCACUUGAAAAAUGCUACUGAUAUAAGAGUAAACAUUGUUUCGGUUUCGGUUUCCUCGCAUAUUGAUUCCGAAACUAUUCGCCAUCCAUGAAAACGGAACAUUUUGCUUCGCGAACCGCGAUAGAUAAAAAAGAUCAUGGCACCACAAGCAGACACAAUGGUUCAACCCAGUCAGACAGUGCACGCUGCACCAUCCCAACCUAUCUCGAAGCCAUACCCCAUUAAGAUAUAUUGGGGCAAUGUGAUCAAGAUCGGCCUUAUCCACCUUAUGGCUGUCUACGGAGCGUACUUGUGGUUCUUCUGCAAAUGGCAGACGCAUGUGUUUGGUAUCAUCUAUCUGGUGUCCUCAGGCAUCAGCGUUACGGCGGGAGCUCACAGACUCUGGUGCCACAGAGCUUACAAAGCGAAACUGCCUUUGCGGAUCGUCCUCAUGAUCUGGAACUGCAUUGCUGCUCAGAAUGACCUCUACGAUUGGGUGCGAGAUCACAGGGUGCAUCACAAGUACUCGGAGACCGACGCCGACCCACACAAUGUCAACCGUGGCUUCUUCUUUGCACACGUAGGAUGGCUUUUGAUCAACAAACAUCCCGAGGUGACAAAGAAGGGAAAAGCCAUUGACUGCUCCGACAUCCUUGCUGAUCCGGUUGUUCAGUUUCAGAGAAAGUACUACAUGCCCCUGGUCAUGUUCUUCUCAUUCUACCUGCCUACCGUCGCCCCCUACUACAUAUGCGGUGAAUCUUACUGGAACGGCUUCUUCGUCGUGGCCAUCCUGAGACUCGUGCUGUCACUCAACUUCACGUGGUCCGUUAACAGCUUCGCCCACAUCUGGGGCGACAAGCCCUUCGACAAAUACAUUUCCCCAACAGAAACCAAGUGGGUGUCUUUCUUCGCCGUCGGCGAGGGAUUCCACAACUUCCAUCACACCUUUCCCUGGGACUACUCGACGAGUGAGCUGGGAUGGAAGUUUAACACAUCCACGAUGUUCAUCGACAUCAUGGCGUGGUUGGGACAAGCCUACGAUCUCAAGACUGCACCUAAGGAACUGGUCGAGCAGAGAAAGUUGAGGACGGGAGAUGGAAGCCGGAUGCCCGAGAGCAGCAAGGCUGCUGUAAAGCUAGGUAGCCAUCAGGGAUAGGCUUAAGAUGUAAAGUUUAUGCAGCUCGUUACAGCGUGACGCACGCCUUGUCGUCAUAGUCAAUACAGGGAAAGCAACACGAGGCAGUCAUGAAGGAAUGGGCGUAUACCUCCAGACAUCUGCAUGAGGAACAGAUGUGCUUCCUCGUAUAUCUCAUACAGAAAGGAUCGAGAACAGUACGACAUUCAUUCUCGUGACGUAGGCAACUUAUGUGGUUCCUCAUGACGACACAUGUGGUU